AUGCCCCUCAGCGCCGAGGAAGCCGCGCUGGUCGAGACAGCCACCGCCACGAUCAACAGCAUCCCCGUCUCGGAAGACUACAGUGUCGCCAGCGCGGCAAGGGCCUCCGAUGGACGCGUCUUUACCGGCGUCAACGUCUACCACUUCACCGGCGGUCCGUGUGCAGAGCUGGUGGUGCUCGGUGUUGCCGCUGCUGCGGGGGCCGCGCAGUUGACGCACAUCGUGGCGGUCGCGAACGAGCAGCGCGGGAUCCUCAGUCCGUGUGGGCGCUGCCGCCAGGCUCUGCUGGAUCUGCAGCCGGACAUCCAAGUGAUUGUCGGGGAAGAAGGCAGCGAGCAGUCGGUCGCAGUCGCGGAGUUGCUUCCCUUCAGUUAUCGCCAGCCUGACCAGCACACGUGA